AUGCGAAAGCGCUGGGCAACGGACACAUCAAGUGCCGAAGGGCAUGAACAACUUUUCGAAGUCGAUGAAAAGCCAUCGACGACAUUUGAACCUGCAGUAAAUCAAGAAGUUGAUCGACAUGCAGAAACGGGUGCGACAGCGCAUCCAAAGCAACUUUUUCUUUUGGAUUUAUUUUGUGGGACGGCUGGAGUAGCGGCAGCGUUUAGAGCAAUGGGUGGUGAAAGCCUGGGCAUCGACCACAUAAUUGACAAGAGAAGAGUUAAAGGUCCAGUUGCCAAAGUUGACCUUUCAAAAAGAGACGGGCAAUCUACAGUGCUGCAGUGGAUUGAAGCUGGCAAGGUGGACGCAGUGAUGUUGGCGCCACCAUGUGGUACAGCAUCAAGGGCAAGGGAGAUACCUGUGCCACAGCGGCACAGGCUAAGAAAAGGAAUGCAGCCGGCACCUUUAAGGUCCGAAGCAGAACCCAUGGGCCUCUCGACCUUGAGAGGAGUGGCAAAAAUCAAGGUACUGGCCGCCAACAAGUUGUAUGCCUUUGCAAGAAGGGUUAUAGACCUCUGCAAUGAGAGAGGCAUUCCUUUUGUGUGUGAGAACCCCCGCCGGUCACUCAUGUGGUUGACUGACCCCUUCAUGCUGUUACAACAACAAGGUAAGAUGUUGCUCCAACUGAACGCACAACUCGACCAAGAGCAGCGCAUGGGCUCAGGUUUGCAACCGAGAGGCGCAAGGGCACCCUUGUUACUGGGAGACUUCAAGUUUAAGAUUGACAUCAAAUCUACAGAUGUCGAGGUGCCAUCUGAAAUUUCUGAAAACGUUCAUGAACCUUUUCAAGGAGUGCCACUUCAUUCGAAGUUGAUUUCUUCUCGAGUGAUGACAGAAGUGGGGAAAAAUGGCGAGAAGAAGGAGGUGUCUUGUGCGACCUUUGGUGUUUUUAGGUCGCCUUUUGAAUUUUUGCAGAACGCCAUGGCUCUUGAGCAUCCACUGGAUAACCCACAUACAGUUGACAAGAGCAACCUGAAGGCCAUAGUCUUCAUCAGAGACCACACCAAAGCAGAGGUCAUGGCCUACAGAGCAAAGCAAUUGAAGAAAUAUACACAGAGGGCUGCACAACUUGCCUCUGACGAGAGCUUGCUUAAACAGUCUCUGGAUGUGGACGUGAGGCGCGUGUUAGAAGGCAAACGGUUGCUUCUGUUCAAGGAGAUGGCCGCUGAUGCAAAUGUUGGGGAUGAAAAUCUUUUUCAAGAGCUGGUCGAAGGUUUUAGACUGACUGGUGAGAUGCCUGAGUCCAAACAAUUUCCUGCACGCCUCAAACCUGCGAUGAUUACAGUACAACAACUCAAGGAUUCAGCAGUUUGGGCAAAGAAGAUGAUUCACGCCUCAUGCAGGCGGGUUGGGUCAGACCCUGAGGUGGCCAAAGCAGUUCAUGAGGAGACGCUUCAACAGUUACAAGACGGCUGGGUGAAAGGCCCGUUCACCUCCUCAGAGCUGGAUUUGAAGUACUCUGGGUGCUGGAUCCCUUCAAAGAGAUUUGGAGUUCGUCAAGGAAAUAAAAUAAGAGCUGUGGAUGACUUUUCCGAAUUUCUGAUCAACGCUUCUGUGACGGCGACGGAGAAAUUACAACUUUUUGGUUUGGACGAGGUGGUCAACACAGCACGCACCUUUUUGGGAUGCGAUUUUCUGAUGACGGAUGCUGCUUUUGAGCAACUGUGGUGUGCGGAAGGUGUCAGAGAUUUUUGUGGCCCUUGGAAAAAGAUACUUGGACGAGCGCUUGAUUUAAAAAGCGCAUAUAAGCAGCUUGCCCGUCACCCAGCUGAUGGCUGGGCAUCAAUACUUGCGGUGUGGAACGCCGACACUUCUUCAGUGGAAUUCUACGAAUCGAUUGCACUGCCGUUUGGAUCUGUUUGUGCUGUAAUGGCAUUCAAUAGGAUGGCCAAAGCUCUACGUUUGAUUCUUUCUGAGCUUUUUAUGGUGGUGAACACAAAUUUCUUUGACGAUUUUUGCCAGCUUGAGUGCGAAGGGCUUUGUGACUCCGCCUGGGAGACGGCUGAGCUUGUGAUGAAGCUCCUAGGGUGGCGCAUCUCGAUGUCUGAGGACAAACGUUCACCUUUUUCAGAAGAGUUCAACUUGCUUGGAGCGGUGGUUGACCUGACUGAAGCAGCGGCCGGGUCCAUUGCGGUACACAACAAACCGUCAAGGAUCGAUGACUUGAAGGCACUGGUUCAAAGUAUUUGUGAGAGCGAGACUGUUGCUUUGUCCACGCUGGAAACUUUGAAAGGACGAUUACUGUAUGCGGCGGGACACACAUUUGGACGAUGCUCGCAGCUUGCAAUUCAACUUAUUUCCAGAGUAUCAAGAAGAGGUCCCUUGGUUCUGAUGGAGGAGCCCCUUAAAGAAGUCAUCAGACAAGCACUUGCGUGCCUAGUGAACGCAAAACCCAGGAGGGUUGCUGCAUGGUCAGGGAGGUUACCAUUGAUUCUCUUCACUGACGGUGCCUGCGAGGAUGAAGGUCGUUCAGUCACUCAUGGGGCGACGCUUUACGAUCCUGAGGAUGGCACCGCUAUCAUGUUUGGCGAUUAUGUGCCUAACUGUUGGACGGAGAAGUGGCGAGCUGAAGGUAAGAAGCAACUCAUUUGCCAAGCCGAGUUGUUCCCCAUCAUCAUUGCCAAGAAUACCUGGCGUGACUUGCUCUGUGGCCGAGCGAUUCUUUGGUUCAUUGACAACAACUCUUCUCUUGCAGCGGUCAUUCGCUCAUAUUCACCAGUCCUGGAGAACUACGAGAUGUUGGUCAUAAACGCUUGGCUGGACGUGGAGCUUCAAGCUUUGCACUGGUACUCACGAGUGCCUUCGAAAUCGAACUUGAGCGAUGACCCUUCCAGAUUACAAUUCUCUGAACUCGAGGCAAAGGGCUUCAAACAAGAAGCUGCAUAUUCAGCGUUGCUGUGUGAGCGCAUUGUGCACUGCCCACAUGACAAGGCAAUCGAGUUUGGGGCUUCUCCUCCAGACACAAUAGCGGAACAAGCUGCAACCUCGGAGGCAACAAAAUUGUCCAGACUGGUGCUGGGAGCCUUGCCACGUGGCCACAAGGUCAAACCUCUGGAUCAAAGAAAACUUGUGGAAGAACCUGCGACACCUGCUGCGAAACGUGUGGCCUUUUUUUUUGACGACUUGGACUAUCCUGACAAGCUGGCCACGUCCAUGGAGACCUUAGAGACCCUCCCCAAAGCCUUGAAUGCCACCACCUACGGGAACAUGAGUGUCAGGCAAGAGCCUGAUAUUGACGAGACUUUAAAGGUGCCUGGUUUCAACGAACUCCCUUUUGGUGCAGUAGGAUUGAGUGAAGAGAUCCGUGCAAGUUUGGAUGGCGCUGGACUCAACACUCUUUCAAAGUUUGCAUUUGCAAGUUCAUACGUGCCUGGUGCCGGCGAUGAUGCAGAGUUUGUGAAGACUGUUAAAACAGUCCUUGGCAGGGACCCUACGCUGGGAGAGUUGGCAUCAUUUCGGAAGCUUUUGCAUGAAUCCUAUUCACUUGUCACACAAGAAAUGAAACAACAACUGGAAAGGAGUGAAGAUGUCCAGACACGUAAGUUGACGCAGCCAGAGCGUGCGGACCUUUAUGAAAGGCAGGUCAAGCGCAUCACAGGCUUGACAUUGCGUGGGCCCCUGGAACCAAGUGAUGGACUUGUUGAUUUGUUUUGUGCGAUGUACGAAGCAAACAGGCUUCGAUUUGUGCCUUGGGAAAAGUAUACAGCAAAAGAAGCAGAGAUUGACAAAGAAGUUCGCACAGAACAUUUGUUUGCAGUGGAUUUCAGUGGCAAGCUUAAAGUUGAAGGGAAAAAGCCAGACCCCGUAGCAGAUACCUCAACCGAGAUUUUGCUUCAGUACGCACUCCAGCGUAGGGGCUUGAGCAUGGACCAGGCUAAUCUGUUGGAGUUCAAGACCCACCAAUUAUGGGUUGACCGUGUGCUCAAAGUGAGAUUGCAAGCACCUCCUGCAGGUUACACAAGGACUUCAUUUCGCCAGGUGCUCGAAGCCGACAAAAAGCUCUUUGAAGAGCUUGCCAACGCCACAAGGCACGGUGUUCAGGCCACAGUCAACGGUAGGUGGUUCAUCUGCUCCAACCGUUGA